CCUUUUUUUGGAAACCACAUUUACUGUAUGCCCCAAUGAAUUAUUUCUAUUUACGCUAUUGUCCGCUUAAUAUCACAACCGAUAUAUCUCUACGCUUUUUUUUUCACUCUGUUCAUUUCUUACUCUUUCUCUCUCUCCCUCUGUAAGAUCAAAAAUCUCUGAAGAAAGUCGAAACAACUGACUCGAAAGUCGAAUUUGAUUCUAAUCAAAAGCCCUAGUAAAAAUGGGUCAGAUCCAGUAUUCUGAGAAGUAUUUCGAUGACACUUUCGAGUACAGGCAUGUGGUGCUCCCUCCUGAAGUCGCCAAACUUGUGCCCAAAAAUCGGCUUCUCUCUGAAAAUGAAUGGCGUGCCAUUGGUGUCCAACAGAGCCGUGGUUGGGUGCACUAUGCAAUUCAUCGCCCUGAGCCACACAUCAUGCUCUUCAGGAGGCCACUCAACUAUCAGCAGCAGCAGGAGAAUCAAGCUCAGCAAAAUAUGCUUGCUAAGUGAUUAUUUUUACCCUCUUGAAUAUGUCAAAUACAAAGAAUAGUUUGGUUUAUGCGCUGUGUAAACUCUAUGGAUAUGGAUAAUUUGGGAUUUUCUAGUGGUGUGUUGUAAUUUUCUCCUCUGGAGAAUUUCGUUUUUAGGGUUCUUAUUUCUUCUUUAUAUUAACCAUGUCUUUGAUGAUUUCUUGUGAUUGGCAGAUCUUGAUUAUCGCCUAUGGUUUACUUUUAGCAUGUCA